CACCGCUCACUCAUCUAUCUCCUUCUAUUUCUUCUUCGGUCUUUCGACUCUUCUUUUUCUCUUCUUCUCUUCUUUUUUCUUUAGUUCUUCUUUAAUCAUCAUCCUCCUCAUAUUCGCCCUACUCUUGUUAAAACCUACCAACGCUCCUCAUUCUUAGUCUCUAACCUUAUACUUUUAACGACUAUACCCUAAUCCCUAGUUCAUAACGUAAUAAACAAAAAUGGCUGAUAUUCAUGAACUCAUUGAGGCCACCACGGAAGCAUAUCCCGAACAAACUGCUGGCAUCAGCCGUAUUCCUGGCAGCCCUACCGCCCACGCUAUUUGUCCUAUUACAAGCCUUGUCUCCUCACUAACAGCGCCCGCGACCCCUAGUCUGUGUCCAAUCAUUCUUGCUUCUACCAACACACCUUCUCAGGACCACUCUGUUUUCUCAUCGCCAUCAAUAGCAGUAACUACUCAUUCCUACGUGUCGAACCAUAAUGUCCCCUCUCCUUCUUCUUCUCCUGUCGCGCUAUCAACAUCCUCAUAUCCUUUCUUGCUGACUCAACUCUUCUCCCGGCAUGAGCCAUUAUCAUUGUACAAUUUUGAUGUAAAUCCAAACACCUCGGCUUUUGUGCCUACACUCCUCGCAGCUACGCUCUUUCAAGUUACGGGCUUUUAUUUGUUUCGUUAUUUUUCCCCCCGCCUAACCGAGCAAGAUCGCAAAAGUCUACGAGGUCUCUCUUGGGGCUUGACAUUGUUUUCAUCCAUUGUGUUAUUCACCGGUACCUUUGCAUCAUUGUCGAACUUGGAAUGGGGCUUCAUUACAUUGGUAGUCCACAUUUACUGGUUUCGCAAGUUUAUUCAGCAGCAGAUCCGGUACUACCGCGAAAGACAACAGGCUAAACUUAAGGAGGCUGUUCAACGCAUCGAACCAGAGUUGCAAUCUGCUCAUGUGGCGAGCAGCUGUAGGCUUAAGAACGAGUUCCCGACAGAUGGUCUCGUCAUCAAAGAUAAUUUGUCUGCUGAACAAGAAAAGGCCAAUGACAUAUCGGAAAUGAAUGCGACUGUUUUUGAUGUAGUUGAAGGGAACCACCAUGGAAGCCGUCGUCCGUCAUCUCGUGCUUCCUCUCGCAUGCCUUCGUUUGAACAUGACAUGAUGAGUCCUCCAUACGAAGCAUUGAACGACUCUGAAGCAGACACUGAUGCCGACAGUGAUGAGGCUGGGAUCGACACUUCCAUCACCACUACUACAGCCAAUACCUUUAACAUCCCAUCAAUAAUAACUGUUGAAGCUCCAGUAAAGACAAUGCAACAGCUUUUGGAAGAGUGUGAGCAAGAAGAUAUUUCCACUUAUGCAUUGUCUUUUCAGGGAGCUCUUGGCAAGGGUAAUAAAACAUUUUCUGCGAUGGCAAUGAAGCGUUUGAUGUCAAGUCAAGGCUCUGGAGCCGUACGAUUAAGUCGUCCUUCAUCAAUGCGAGAUGCCAAGCGAAGAACUGCGCUGGAUGCAAUUCGCUUUGAAGAAGAGCCCAAUGAGAUGAUAAGUAGUACCAAGGAAAGCCUGGCUCAAACUCAAGCUCAAACUCAAACUCAAGCACAGGUUCAGGCUCAGGGACCUUUGGCUCUUUUGAAUAGCCAACGCCAACACCAGAAUGAAGAGCAACUGGAUGGGGAUGCCACCGUCGUCCUACGACGCCGACCAUCAAGGAUGUCGAUAGUUGCGAGUCGCCAGACAAUAAGAGAACACCAAGGCCAACGAGGCAAACAAAGCUUUGGCACAGUUCGGGGUGUUCAGCAUAUCUCAUUCAUGGAAUAACGU